AUAAUAAAACCUUUGCUUGCUUUUCUUUCUUGCUCUCAAUCAGUAAGCUAAUUUCCAAGUUUUGAUACAAUGGCUUCUGUUUCAGUCCAUAACUUAGGGUUUAUUAUUUCUGUAAUUAUGGUGUCAAGAUUUGCUGUGUUAGUGAGGUCGUAUCAGUUCCAAGUUGGUUGGACUAAACCUCCUGCAAAUCAGACUCAUUCUUAUAAUGACUGGUCCACAAAAAAUAGUUUCCACAUUGGUGAUUCUCUGCAUUUCAGGUACCAAAGGGACUCAGUGUUAGUGGUGAACUCCAAAGGUUACGAGAGCUGCAAUGCGUCAAACCCCAUUUCCAAAUUUGAUGAUGGAGACACAGUUUUUGAACUUGAUCGAUAUGGGUUAUUCUACUUCAUCAGUGGAGAGUCUGGUCACUGUGAAGCUGGCCAAAAGAUGGUUGUACGUGUAAUGCUGACUCCUAGUGGUUCUGCUGUUUCUGUACCUUCAAAUGAAAAUGGCAGCAAAGGCAAUGAAUCGGAUGGUGGAGAUGGGUGGGAUGCCUUUAGCUGGGGCCCUCCUCCCCGGAAUUCUACGGUUAAUUUACCUCUUUCAUCUUAUUUGCUGACUGCUCUUGGGGUUGUGGUGGCCAUUCUCUAUUUGUUGAUGUAAUUAAUUAGGCAUUUUGAUUUCUUUUCUUGAAGAAUCUGUUUCAAUUAAUUAUUAAUUAUCAAUUAAUGCUUUGGUUUGCUAUUUUGCAUCAAGGGACUCGAUUAAAUUGUCCUUUAAUCGACUCA